UGCGCUCCAGUUUUUUUUUUUGCUCAGGAAAUGAUGGAACCCAGUCUGCUGGAAGCAGUUUGGACAGAGAGGACUUUUUAUUAGUAAGAAGGAGAACAUUUACUGGAUGUUUUGGGGGUGUUUUCUUUUUCAUGUUUGCAGUGGAAUGGGAAUCACUCGCUUCCUGUGCCUGCUGCUCUGUGCAGCUGCCCUGCCAGCUUCUAGUGCUUUUGCUAAAGAUGAGAGCACCGAGGCACACAGGUGGACCAGGCAGAGCCUCCCAGUGGUGCAAGACACACACACAGAGCCCUUAAACAAGCCUUUGUUCAGAAAGCAGGAGGAGAAUGAGGAGAGAGAAGGAACAAAGACACUCUGUGGGAUAGAGUGUCAAAACGGCCUACCACCUAUGGACCAGACUGAGCAAGAGAGGAUUCUGGGAUAUGAGACGGUGUAUGAGAAUGGCACUCGCACGCAUACAGACAUCAGUUUGCAGGGUUUUAAUAGUACGUCUGCAGGAACACCAGCCCACUCACCAGCUCGUACCCGCAGGAAACGGCAGGUGUAUGGAGCAGAUGGGCGCUUUGUGAUCUCUGACUCGCAUUUCAUCACCAACUACCCCUUCUCCGCUGCUGUUCGUCUCUCCACGGGCUGCUCUGGAGUACUAAUAUCCCCGAAACAUGUGCUAACAGCAGCACACUGCAUCCAUGAUGGGACAGACUACCUAGAGAGUCUGAGACGACUUAGAGUAGGGGUGUUACAACUCAAGACCAAAAGAGGAAGAGGGGGUAGGAGGAGAGGAGGGCGGCGGAGGGGUGGGAGGCAAGGAGAGGGGGAGGGAGGAGAGAUAAUGAAGGAAGGUGAGGAGCUGAAUGGUAUAGAUGGAGAUGUGGUGAGAGGGACAAAGGGUGGCAAAGGCAGGAGGCGCAGGUUAAGGAAAGUGGGUGAGGAGGGUGCAGCUGAUCAUGGUGGUGAAUUAAAGAGAGGAGGAAGGAAAGGGAAAAGUCUCAACCGUAUACGACGUAGUGUUGAACCCAGGAAGCAGCCUGUCUUCCGUUGGUCACGAGUUAAACAAACCCGAAUCCCUCAAGGAUGGAUCCAAACAAAGAGCUCCACCAAUUCAAUCUCUGCAGACUAUGAUUACACUCUUCUGGAACUGAGACGACCCGUCAAACAAAAGUUCAUGGAGCUUGGAGUGGCACCCUCUGCCACCCCCCUGGCAAGGAUCCACUUCUCAGGCUUUGACGCUGACAAAAGCCUGCUGGACGGGCAUGGAGAUGAGAAGGUGGUUUACCGUUUUUGUUCAGUGGCAAACGAGUCCGACGAUUUGAUGUACCAACACUGUGAUGCCGAGCCGGGCGCGACAGGUGCAGGUGUUUACGUUCGUCUGAGGCAGGAAAUGGGAGACGAAGGCAGGAAAGGGAAGUGGCAGAGGAGGGUAAUUGGAGUGUUUUCAGGCCAUCAGUGGGUGGAGGUGGAGGGAGGUGAGCAGAAGGACUUUAAUGUUGCAGUAAGGAUUACUCCUCCCAAAUAUGCCCAGAUCUGUCACUGGAUCCAUGGAGAUCCACGUCUCUGUAAAGAGGUUUGACUGCAAAGUGAUGGCUCUAAAGAAAAACAUCCGCUGGCACUUGCAAAGAUAUGUAUAAAACUUUCUGACUAUGUAUUUUCUUUUCAAAAUAAAAUCACUAUCUUUCCUCUUUAAUAUUGUUUACAAAGUGAAGCUUUCUCUGUAUCAUUACUUGUGAAUCCUGAAGACUUAUGUGUUGUCAGUUAAGGACUACAUUCAUGUCCACCCAAAAUGCCCUUCUUCAAGCACUCAAACAGCCAAUAGCAAGUCUCCAAAGGUUUUGUGUCAUGGCUGCAUCACAGCUUCUUGCACACCUUGUCAUGAUUAAGCUUGCCCAUUAUUAAUUGUGUGCAACAUCAAAAAUUAUCAAUAUAUUGCAGCAUGAGGAAAGACAUUUCCCCUACAGCUAUAAUGACAAUGUUCACAGAUGCUGAGAUAUUUCUAAAAUGAGUUGAAGAAGGAUAUUGCAACCAUGUGAUACAAGUGAUAGUGACCUGUGGAGGUCUUAUAAAAUGUCUGUUUGUGAAUUUUGGAGAUGAACCUAAAAAUAAAACAUUUGCUUAAAAAAGCCUUCACCAAUUUAACAUUGCCUUCCAUUAUCUGAUUCACAGCAAAUCAAAAUCGAUAAAGCAGAAAUCUUUUAUUUUUAUUUCACGCUUUCUUCUUUCUUGUCAAAAUCCGCCACCUCCAUCACCUGCAAUGCAUUCAGACCACCGAAAAUACUGUCAGAGGUUCAGGUAUGUUAUGCUAGUAGCUGCUAAUGCAGCCUCGAAUCACUAUAGUCUACACAUUAGGAGUGGGCUACAGAGGUCUGGUAAGUGAUAGACCGAUUAAUGGGUCGGCCAAUUUAUCAGGCCAAUAACUGGCAUUUUGUGAUAAUCGGCAUUGGCUGAUGCCUGCACUCACAAGGCCGAUAUAUCUGCAGGCAGCCUUGUCAGUGUGGCUGUUGUGGAGCGAUGUUAGUGCUCCCCAUUGUGAGUUUUUAGCUCCCUCUGGAGUUGCAAAGAACAUUUUCAACAACUUUUUUUAUGUAUGAAGUAGUACUCCCCAAGACCUGUAAACUGACUAUGAUGUGUAAGGUUCCCCUUUAAAAAGUUUACUGGUGAGUUUUCAUAUUUAGAAUUAGUUGAACCUGUAAUUUCUGUGUUUUGCUGUUCACUUCUUUAAAACUAAUUAGAAUUCAUGUAUUUCACUGCUCAGAAAAUAUAAUUAUUAUUGCACUUUUUGUAACUGUUAUAAAUGAGGGUAAACAUGUGAAUGUUUGAUUGUAUUUAUGCUGAAACCAUCAUGUCAGGCACUUUUUCAUGUUUUGUAAGAGCGUUCAGGACAGAUGUACCUUUUAUUAAGUAUGGAAAGUGUGUGGCCUCUGCUAGUCACUCUGAGAUGAAGUCUUAAUGUUAAUGUAAUGUUCCUGCAUGGCACUUAUUUUUAACUGCAAGAAUAAUAGUAAAUUACUGUAUGUCAUUUCUGAAAUUA